ACACUCUCUCCAUAGCUUAGAAAAAACCCCUCGAUUGGGGCUAGCAAAACAAAGACCCAUUUCAUACUACAGCUUUCUUCUUUCGUCAGUUAAUGGGUACAUUAGGAAGAGCAAUUUACGUCGUCGGAUCCUGGAUCCGUGGAACCGGCCAAGCCGUUGAUCGUCUCGGCUGCAGCCUCCAAGGCAGUCACCUCUUCAAAGAACAACUGUCCAGGCAUCAAACUCUGCUGAAUUUAUAUGAUAAAGAUCCAGUGGUUGACAAAGACGCAUUUGUGGCCCCUGGUGCAUCUAUCAUUGGUGAUGUUCAAGUCGGACGUGGUUCCUCUAUUUGGUAUGGAUGUGUUCUUCGAGGUGAUGUGAACAGUAUCAGUGUUGGAUCGGGAACAAACAUACAAGACAAUGCUCUUGUGCACGUAGCCAAAUCCAAUGUUAGUGGGAAUGUAUUUCCGACAACAAUAGGCAACAAUGUUACUGUUGGUCAUGGCGCCGUCUUACAUGGAUGUACUGUUGAAGAUGAGGCUUUUGUUGGGAUGGGUGCGACAUUACUCGAUGGAGUUUUUGUUGAGAAAAACGCAAUGGUGGCUGCUGGAUCACUUGUGAGGCAGAAUACAAGGAUUCCCUUUGGAGAGGUAUGGGGAGGCAAUCCAGCCAAGUUCUUGAGGAAGCUGACAGAAGAAGAAAUAGCCUUCAUCUCCCAAUCAGCACUUAACUACACCAACUUGGCUGCGGUUCACGCAGCUGAAAAUGCAAAGGGCUUCAUGGAGAUCGAGUUAGAGAAGAUGCUGCGCAAAAAAUUUGCACGCAAAGAUGAAGAAUAUGAUUCAAUGAUCGGUGUGGUUCGCGAAACACCCGUGGAACUAACUCUACCCGAUAAUAUCUUUCCACAUAAAGCACAAAAAGCAGCUUCUUAGAUCCUUUCCGAGAUAGUUUUUCCAGGAUUUGACGAAAUGUUCUGUUUCUCUACAUGUCGGGUGACUUGUGCUCAAAUCGAGGAACCACUACAGGAUGCAGAUGCUUAUUUCUAGAAAUAAACUUUUGAUGCCAGGCUCAAAAUGUGAAAGAUCUUUAAUCCCUUUUUCUGAAUUCUUACAGUAGAUUUAAAGAGAGAUUUAUUGGUACAAUGAAAUAUAAAUGUUUUUGA